AUGAAGAAGAACAGACAAUUGAAGUCAACAUGGCUUGUAGAGCAGUUUUUGGAAGUAUUCAAAGCAAGACCACACUGGCCAGAUGUAGAGAUAAUGGAGUGUGUAAGGAGAGCAUACAAGGUUCUGGUGAAGAGAGAUUUGGUGUACAAGGUUAAGUAUGCCGCUCACUUGUUACUUCAUGGUUCAAUGAAAGACCAUUACAAGAAGGUCGAGAGAUAUGUGGAUGCUCUAAAAACACUAAGUCCUGGCAUAGAGGUGCAGUUAGUCACUGAUCCUAGCAAGAUACCUCCUGUUUUCCAGAGGUUAUUACCUUCUUUGAGGGGCUGCAACAAGGGUGGAGAGAAGGGUGUAGAAAGAGAUGGUAAUGACCAGAUGUUUCCCACAGCUUGGGUUGCUGUGGAGGGGGAAAACAAUGAUUCUUGGGAAUGGUUCUUCACUAUACUAGCUAAAGUUCUCGAGUUGGCUGACGGUGAAGGCAUUGCAAUUAUAUCUGAUGAACACAUAGGAACUUUGGAUGGUGUUGCCACUGCUCUACCUAAAGCAGAGCAUAGGCAUUGUGCUCGACACAUCUUUUCUCACUGGCCUAAGGGGUUUAGGGGUGUUGAAAUGAACUUAAUGUAUUGGAAAAUAGCAAAAGCGUAUAACAUGGCUGAUUAUGAGGAUGCUUGUGAGCAAUUGAAUGAGAUUAACCCUUAUGCUCUCAUUGCAUUCAAAUCUUACAACCCUAAGUUGUUUUGUAGAGAAUUCUUGUAUACUUCCGUUAAGUCUGAUGCCAUCACAAGCAACAUGGCAGAAACUUUUAAUGGAUACAUAAUAGAUGUUAAGACAAAGAACUUGCUUUACAUGUUAGACGAUAUUAGAAUGGCAUGGAUGCAAAGGAUGCUCAUUAAGAAACAAGAAAUGGAGAAGUCGACUUCAGUUAUUUGUCCUAGAAUUCAAGCUAAGUUGGAAGAAGAAAAGGUAAAAGCCGCAAACUGUGAUGUAGUGCCCUCGACUGACACACUUUUCAAUGUCAAGUACUACUUGGAUCAACUCACUGUGGAUUUAGAGAAGAGAACAUGUAGUUGUAGAAAAUGGGACAUGCUGGGAAUUCCUUGCUGCCAUGUCAUUCCCUACAUUUUCUUUCAACACAAAGAGGCUGAAGAUUUCGUAGACGAGUGUUACAUAAAAUCAACGUACUUGAAAGCAUAUUCAGGUUCCAUACCUCCAUUAGAUGGUGAAAGGCAUUGGCGUAGGGUUGCUAGUGACUUUGAUCCCCCUCCCAUCAAUAUUGGCCCGGGAAGACCUCGAAGAAAUAAAAUCAAGUGCCCUUUUAAAGACCCUAAGAAGCCGAAAAAAUUGUCAAGGCACGGGAUGGAAAUGACAUGCAGCUUAUGCCAAGUAAAGGGACAUAACAAGAGACGAUGUCCCAACAAGGACAACAUGAGGCCUUUUCUUGAGGAACCGGCAGCAAAGAGGCCAAGAGGAGGAUCAAGGAAAGAUGGUGGACCUACACAGUCUGCACCUCCACCACAACCAACACAAUUAGGAAGAGGGGGGAGAGUGAUUAGAGGUGGACAAGGUGCUAGAGGAAGCAGGGGAAGUAGGGGAGGUAGGGGAGGAAGAUGGGGGGGGGGGGGAGGGGGGGAACAGAAACAACUUCAAGGGGAGGGAGAGCUUCAAGAGGAAGAGGAAGGGGAAGAUAUGGACAAACCGGAGAAGGGUCGAGAGGUGGCAGAGGUGGCAGAGGUUCAAGGGUCAAACUUCAACUUGCAAGAGUUGACUUAUCUUACUGAUGUGAAAAUUGUUUCUGUUUGCAGUUGGACUGACCCUCCAGUGCAGUUGGUUGCAGUUAAACAGCCCCUAACCUCUGUUGACUUCUUUGCUAGCAGUUGA